AACGCCGAAGGGAGCAAAGGUCCAACCAAAGAACCACACUUGCCGCUUCUCUCUCCUCUCUCUCUCUCUCUCUCUCUCUCUCUCAAAAAUUGCAGAAUCGUUUCUAGAGAGAGGAAGAAUUUAGUAGAGCAAUAGCCGUAGAGAGAGAGGGAAACGGGAACCGAUUGCCGGAGAAAGUUGAAAUGGCCGGCGAUCAUCAUCAGAAGCGGUUCGCGGUACUUCAGUGCGCGGAGGACCCAGAAUACGUGAAGAAGAAAUACGGGGGGUACUUUGGGGUGUUCGUGAGAAUGCUGGGGGAGGAAGGGGAGGCUUGGCACGUGUACCGCGUCACGUGCGGAGAGCUGCCGGACGACAAGGAGAUCGGCGUCUACGACGGAUUCGUCAUCACCGGCAGCUGCAGCGACGCCCACGGCAAUGACGCUUGGAUCUGCAAUCUCUUGUGUUUUCUCAGGAGGUUGGACUCCAUGAGGAAGAAGAUUUUGGGAAUUUGCUUCGGUCACCAGAUACUGUGUCGUGCACUAGGAGGAAAGACGGGACGAGCUACAUCGGGGUGGGACAUCGGAGUGACCGCGGUUCAUGUGUCAUCAUCAAAACUCUUCUCAUCUAUGAAAAUCCCUGCCCGACUCUCCAUCUUCGAAUGUCAUCGAGACGAGGUUACGGAAUUGCCACCGAAAGCAAAGGUGUUGGCGUGGUCGGAGAAGACGGGAAUAGAGAUGUUUGAAUGCGGAAGUCACAUAAUGGGGAUUCAAGGUCACCCUGAGUACACCAAAGACAUUCUUCUCCUCCUCAUUGACCGUCUUCACCACCGCAAUCUCAUCAUGGAGAAAUAUGCGGAAGAGCUGAAAGCAAGCGCAGGAGCGUGGGAGCCUGAUCGGGAAGCAUGGAGGAGAUUAUGCAUUGGUUUUCUCAAGGGCACUGCUGGGUUAUCAUGAUAAUAUUUAUAUAUAUAUAUAUAUAAUUUUAAUUAAUAAUGAUCAUUGAUCAAUUAAAUUUUUAAAAGCAAUAAUUAAUAAUAUGCGAAUCAAUAAAAGACUGCAGUGGUUGGAGAAUCGAAGCAAAUGGAGGAGGAGGAGGAGGAGGGUUCAUUCGUAGGAGCAACGAGCUAGCUGGCUAUGCUUGGCUUUACCUGUCAUAACUGAGAGCCUUAAUUAAUUAGUUAUAAUAUAUAUAUAUAUAUAUAUAUAUAUAUAAUAUUGUAUUUGACAGGUCUCCUAGCUUGGGAAGGUUCCCACUGUGUCAGGCUUAUUAGAUCCAACCCGUUAGCAACUGCUGUUGUCAACAAUUAAUGUAAUUUCAAUUAAUUGAUUACUUGAUCGGCAAAUGUUCUAUUUAUUAUUUUUAUUAUGUGAGUUCAUCUUUCUUUCU